GAGAGGAAGCAUCGAGGCAUGGCUUUGAGACGCAGUACCAGGGCCCCGUGUUGGGCAAAAUAAACUUGGGCGCGGACCCGUAUGCAGGGUACAAGAACGAGCGAAGGGCGCCCCACGUAGAGUUCGUCAACUGGGUGUCGUGGGAUCCCGUCCCCAAGUUCACAAUUUCGCUGCGUCAGUGGAGGCCUUGGCGCUUGCAGUGGCUCAAUGCUGCAGCCGCACUGGCAUCAGCCGCAUUGCCCAUCUCAGCACAGAUCAGCGAGAGAAUUCACAUGCGCGAUGAGGCAGCAAAGGCUCUUCUUACCGUCUAUGUCAUCGCGGACCAGUUCUGCCUCGCUUGCACGUGCACAUGUGUCGUUUGUCGGGCACAGGUCCAUGGCGCUCGUAUCCUGCUAUGGAGCAUGUUAGGAGGGGAGUUGGAGAAUUUUGACGCAACACAGGAGUAUCUUGUCCAAGAGGCCACAUUGUCCAGGCUUUCUGCUCUGCAGCCACUGAUCCUGGCACUAGCGGUGUUCGUUGGGGCUACCUUGGUGAUGAUCAAAUUCAGCCUUCCCAAGUUGACCUUCGGGCAGAUGUUCAGUGUGUGCCCUUGUUCACCGGUUUACCUCCUGCGCUUCAAGCCCAUUCAGCUCUGCCGCGAUCAAGGGAUCCUUCGGCGCAUGAUAAUAUACCGCGGUGUGCUUCUGUGGUUGCUUGUGGAGCUCGUUUGGUAUGAUGUGCAAAGUCAUGACAUUGAGCUGUGGGAUGCAUUGGUCUUCAACUAUGACGAUCCAGCACCCCGUGGCCGCCUCCGCAGAUUUUUGAUCCUUUUGUUUUUGGUCACGCAGCUGCUGGCCAGCAUGCUUUUCAUGGCCUUGCGAAGCCUGCUCCCUCCAGAGCCAGAAGACUCGGACGAGGACCAGGACCAAACCAAGAAAGUCCAGAACUACGGCGCCGCAGCAACGGAAUCCUCCGCCAAGGUGCCGAACCCUUCAGAUCUGGGCCCUACUCCCACGCAAGGCGGCAGCUCAUCGCAUGAUCUUGAAGAACAGAGGAUCUCAGAGCCACAGCUGAAGGAAAGGGUACCAUCCUUGAACAAGGACUGA